GGUCGCGAUCGCAAGUCAAAUGGACGCAUGUACUUUUUGAAAAAGAUUUUGUUGAUAAACUUAACAAUAAAGUUAUCGGUUUCUCAGGAAAAGUAAUACAGGGAGAGCUGAACGCACUCGCGACUAACAAUUAGUGGUAUGCUUCGCUGAGGGAUAAAGCCGCGUCCUCCGGAAGACAGUCGGCCACAUCUCGCAAUCACAUUAAGCGGUCAUUGCUGCCCUGCAGCCUGCGGAGCUCCAGGCGCUAGUGAAAGUCGGGCUCGUAUGGAGCCGCGGAGAAAAUGCGUUUAAAGUGAAAUUUGCGGUGAAGUGAAGUGUUUGGAAUGGAUAACGUAAACUUUGACGCGAGCGGCGAGGACAUCGAGCGGGCGCUCAUGGACCUGGGCCCGCUGCUCGGCGUCGCCAUCAAGGAGGAGGCGCCAGACGAGCUCGCCGCGCCCGCGGCGCCCGCCGCUCCGCCCAGCGUGGUGAGCGCGUGCGAUGGGGCGGAAGGCGAGCGGCCCGGCGCCGACUCCGGCGAGCGCGCGGACUCGCUGGCGUCGCCGCGCGCCGGCACCGCGCUGUCCGCCGCGCGCUGCGCGCUCUGCGGCACGGCGCUGGCGCUCGCACACGGCACGCCCAAGCUCAUGGAGUGUCUGCACUCGGCGUGCGAGCCCUGCAUCAACGCCAAGAUCGAGGAGAAGCAGGCCUCGAGGGACUUCUGCGGUGGCGACCGCAUCACGGUGCAGUGCCCGGUGUGCCGGCUGCAGUGCCAGCCCGCCAACAUGAUCGACCAGCGCUUCGUGCUGGAGAAGAUGUGCCCGGACACCCCGCCCGCAGCGGCAGAGCGCGACCAGCACUGCAGCAGCUGCGAGGAGCCGGAGCCAGCCACCAGCUACUGUGCAGACUGCGCGGAGUUCAUCUGUGACAGCUGCGUGCAGGCCCACCAACGGUUAAAGAUCACAAAAGACCACACGAUCAAGAGCAAGGACGAGGCGAUACAGGAGCAGCAGGCGUCGCAGCCCGCCGCGCACGACAUGUUCUGCUCGGAGCACCCGCAGGAACGGCUAAGCUUGUUCUGCGAGACGUGCGACCGGCUGACGUGCCGCGACUGUCAGCUGCAGCACCACCGCGACCACAAGUACCAGUUCAGCACGGAGAUGGCCCAGCAGGCCCGCGCGCACAUAGCGUCGCUGCUGUCGGAGGUGUCGUACAAGCGCGUGCUGCUCGGCUCCGCCAUGAAGGUGAUCCGCGAGCGGCAGGUGCUCAUCGCCGACAAGAAGAAGGCGCUGGUGCACGAGAUCACGCAGACCGUCGUCAAACUAACGAAUGCGAUAAACACGCGCGGCAAGCAGCUGGUGCUGCGGCUGAACGAGGUGUGCGACGGCAAGCAGCGCACGCUGAGCGAGAAGAAGGAUGCGCUGGAGCAGCUCGCCAACAUCACCGACCACUGCGUCGAGUUCGUCAGCGCCGCGCUGCAGCAGGGUAGCGAUACAGCAGUCCUAUACAGCAAGCGCGCCGUAUGUGCACACCUGCAGCGUAUCAAAAGCCGGCGGGCCGACAUCCCCAACCCGGAGAUCCCUGUUCGCAUCGCACUCGCCUUAGACAAGCUACCCGAUCUCGUUAAAGUGCUGUCUUCGAUCGGGGCCAUAGUGGUGGACGGCAAGGUGGACGGCGGCGGCGCGGCGGCGCAGGGCCCCUACCACCCCCCCGCGCCCGCCGCGCAGCCUCCCCCCCACCCCGCGCAGCCUCCCCCCCACGCCGCGCAGCCCGCCGCCGUCAGCGCCGCGCUGCACCACGCCGCCGCCAUGCACCAGCAGUCGUACGCGGGCGCGGGCAUGGGCGGCGCGGGCGCGGGCGCGGGCGGCUACAUGGCGGCGCUGGCCUCGCUGCGCGCGCGCCCGCUCGCGCCGCACCAGCACCAGCACCAGCACCAGCACCAGCUGCAGCACACGCCGCUGCGCCACGCGCACGUCACCUCCACCACGCACCCCCACCACCUGCACGGUAUGAGCGAGCUGAAUUUACGCGGACUCCUGAAUCAAGGGUCGGGGCGCGGCGCGGCGCGCUCGCCCCUGCAGUCGCAUCCCGCCAUGCACCAUUAUCAGCAGAUGAUGGGCGCGUACGCGAACAGCGCAUACGCGGCGGCGGCGGCGGCGGGCGGCGGCGGCGGCGCGGGGGGGCGGCGCUCGGGCGGGCCGCGCACCCCCUCCCCCGCGCCGCACGCGCCGCACACCCCGCCGCAGGCCGCGCCGCAACCCGCCAAGUGGCACAUCCCGCAGCAGGGGCUCGUCAAUGGUGGGUUCGACACGUCGACAGGGAUGUCGCUGGGCUCGGGCUCGCCUGGUGCGGGCGGCGCGGGCGCGGGCGCGGACUUCAAGAUCACGCUGGGCCGCGCGCGCGCCGCGCCGCCGCCCGCCGUCACCUCCACCAACCCCAAGACUCCCAGCCCCAGUCUCAACGGUGGCGCCGGCGUAGAACUAGACAAAGUAUGCGCGGAAUCGGUGCAGGACCUGAUGGCCACCAUCGCCAAGCUGGACUCGAACGGCGUGCAGGUGCUGCCCGAGCAGCCCCGCGCCGAGCCCGCCGUGCACUCCUCCACCGACACCGCCGGUGCUGCCCGAGCAGCCCCGCGCCGAGCCCGCCGUGCACUCCUCCACCGACACCGCCGGUCAGUGACACUCAUACUACAUGACAUAUACAAGCUAGACUCGAACGGCGUGCAGGUGCUGCCCGAGCAGCCCCGCGCCGAGCCCGCCGUGCACUCCUCCACCGACACCGCCGGUGCUGCCCGAGCAGCCCCGCGCCGAGCCCGCCGUGCACUCCUCCACCGACACCGCCGGUCAGUGACACUCAUACUACAUGACAUAUACAAGCUGGACUCGUACGGCGUGCAUGUGCUGCCCGAGCAGCCCCGCGCCGAGCCCGCCGUGCACUCCUCCACCGACACCGCCGGUGCUGCCCGAACAGCCCCGCGCCGAGCCCGCCGUGCACUCCUCCACCGACACCGCCGGUCAGUGACACUCAUACUACAUGACAUAUACAAGCUGGACUCGAACGGCGUGCAGGUGCUGCCCGAGCAGCCCCGCGCCGAGCCCGCCGUGCACUCCUCCACCGACACCGCCGGUGCUGCCCGAGCAGCCCCGCACCGAGCCCGCCGUGCACUCCUCCACCGACACCGCCGGUCAGUGACACUCAUACUACAUGAAGUAUACAAGCUGGACUCGAACGGCGUGCAGGUGCUGCCCGAGCAGCCCCGCGCCGAGCCCGCCGUGCACUCCUCCACCGACACCGCCGGCGCUGCAGCGGCGCCGGCGCCCGCGGCCGCGGCCGCCGCCGGGGACCCCAACGAGGACUGGUGCGCCGUGUGCAUGGACGGCGGCGAGCUCAUGUGCUGCGACAAGUGCCCCAAGGUGUUCCACCAGUACUGCCACAUACCCACCAUCGAGAAGCUGCCCGACGAGACGGAGACAUGGCAGUGCCUGUUGUGCGUGAACUUCGCGGAGCUGGCGGAGGAGCCGCGCGCGGCCGGCGAGCCCGUCUCCCCCAGGGAACAGAAGCUCAUGGAGCGCGUCACGCUCGAGCUCUACUGCCAGUACGAGCCCAGCCUGCCCUUCCGCGAGCCCGUCUCCCAGCUCAACCACGACUACCACAGCAAGGUAUACCAUCACAGAAGCUCAUGGAGCGCGUCACGCUCGAGCUCUACUGCCAGUACGAGCCCAGCCUGCCCUUCCGCGAGCCCGUCUCCCAGCUCAACCACGACUACCACAGCAAGGUAUACCACCACAGAAGCUCAUGGAGCGCGUCACGCUCGAGCUCUACUGCCAGUACGAGCCCAGCCUGCCCUUCCGCGAGCCCGUCUCCCAGCUCAACCACGACUACCACAGCAAGGUAUACCAUCACAGAAGCUCAUGGAGCGCGUCACGCUCGAGCUCUACUGCCAGUACGAGCCCAGCCUGCCCUUCCGCGAGCCCGUCUCCCAGCUCAACCACGACUACCACAGCAAGCUCUACUGCCAGUACGAGCCCAGCCUGCCCUUCCGCGAGCCCGUCUCCCAGCUCAACCACGACUACCACAACAAGGUAUACCAUCACAGAAGCUCAUGGAGCGCGUCACGCUCGAGCUCUACUGCCAGUACGAGCCCAGCCUGCCCUUCCGCGAGCCCGUCUCCCAGCUCAACCACGACUACCACAGCAAGGUAUACCAUCACAGAAGCUCAUGGAGCGCGUCACGCUCGAGCUCUACUGCCAGUACGAGCCCAGCCUGCCCUUCCGCGAGCCCGUCUCCCAGCUCAACCACGACUACCACAGCAAGGUAUACCAUCACAGAAGCUCAUGGAGCGCGUCACGCUCGAGCUCUACUGCCAGUACGAGCCCAGCCUGCCCUUCCGCGAGCCCGUCUCCCAGCUCAACCACGACUACCACAGCAAGAUCUCGCGGCCGAUGUGCCUGGACAUGAUCCGCAUGAAGCUGCAGCCGCGCUCGCCGACGCGCUACGCGCACGUGGCGCACUUCGUGCAGGACGUGCGCCUCAUGUUCCGCAACGCGCGCCUCUACAACCCGCCGGAGUCUUCGAUCUACAAGGACGCGGUGCGGCUGGAGCAGUUCUUCGACGCGUCGCUGGAGAAGUGGCUGCCCGAGUACGCGUACUGGAGCGGCGAGGGCGAGCCGCCCGCCAAGCGCAAGCGCAGCGACUGACUGCACGCCGCGCCGGCGCCUGUCGCCACCCCCGCCACCCCCGCCCCGCCCGAGACACACCACCAGCCUUCACCAACACAUUACACACAACAAUCAUCCUAAACAUUCACUGUAAUGGAACACAUGACCGCGAGUGCGUAAAUCUCACAUAUUCGCCCCGCUCGCCCGCUUUAAUAUCUAUAGACUCUAGAGCGCAGGUGUACGUCGCGUGUGAACAUUGUAACAGACGGCAAAGCAUUGAAGUGGUGAUACUAAUUUAUUAAUUCCGAUUUAGACGAAAACACCAGUACCCAAUUAGGUAAUUAACUAUUGACGAUUGCAAAAUAAUCUAAAAUGUGGUAAACGAUACGCUAAGAAGUAAACGUUUCUUGUAAAAUAAUUAAUAAAUAUCAAAUUUUAUAAAAAUCAAUGAUAUUACACGAUAACGACCAUGACUUAUAACAAGUAUAAAAAAAGAAUUAAAACUGCUCCAACAAUGAAACUCAUAAAUGAUAAAUUCCCGCCAAAUAUUUACAGUACUUUCGGAAAGAAUUACAGUAACUUUAAAACUGGCGUCGAAACAGUUUUAUAACCUUUUAUAUUUAUAAAAUACUUAAACACGAGCGAACUUAAUGAAUAUAAACUAUCUAUCGAUAAUAGAGUACAUACUACCUAGAGCUAGACAAACAUUGUAGCGUAAGAGAUGUAUGUUAAUGUUACCCCGACUCUACUCUUGUAAACACCGUACAUUGAAACGCAGAUACUUCUUUCGUUCUACAAACGUAUUAAACUAUGACAACAUUCGACAAAUGAAAUUAUAGUUAAAAUGAAACAGUAAUAUCUGAUGGAUAGCUGCGUCUCUAUCUUUCUAUUUAUAAGUUUGCAAUAUUGUCGUGACGAAAAUGUCAUCUUUUUAAGCAAUAUUGACCAGUACUAUUCUACACUCUCAAUUAACAAUUUAUAAACUAUAUUGCAAAUAUAUAAGGUACAUUAAUGAUCGGUUUAGAGUAUUGAUACAUUCGUUCCUCUACGUAAGAAAAGUUUACAAGUGUGUAGACGGCUUUAGUGAACUUAGGCCCACUCGCACCAUUCCACUAACCCGGGGUCCGGUUAAACCAGGAGUUGCCAUGGUUAGCCAUACAAUUUGAUACUAGGUUAAUAGUUUAACCGCUUAACCUCGGGUUAGUGGAAUGGUGCAAGUAGGCCUUAGUUGACUAAAUUAGGGUGGUAUUCCACACGUCCACUUUCUUUGUCCAGUGUGCAUUGCGUCUCACUCUCUCAUUAAGCAAAAUAUGAGGUGAAAAUACACAUUGGACCAAGAUAUUGAACAGAUGGAACACCACCCUUCCGUGCUCGCGUGGCGCGCCUGUUGAAGGUUGCCAAUCACAAUGUAUUUGUAUAAUUAUAUUACUUACACUAAUAUCGGAAGUCAUCUUUCAAAACCUUUAAUAAUAUUUCAUCUAUAUGUAUGUAGCUUUCACCCGCCUAGGGGCCUAAGGAGCCUUCUAAUCCUUCUAUUGCAUUGUAUUUUGAAUCAUUAUUUUGGAAAAAUCUAAAUUGGAUUUUUCGUAACAUGUUUUGAUCUGAGGCCGCCAAACGAUAAGUAAAAUGGUGAAACAUUUUGUUUUUGUCAACCGAAUGAAAACUGUUUUUAAAAUAAACAGUAACGAAAAAUAUUUUAAAAUAUUCAAGAUUGUUUGUAGAAAAUAGAUGGCGCGCCGCGAUCUUCCGUUACGUUCCCCGCGCGGGCUGUUCUGUACAUAGCGUAGCGUAGCUCAUGUCUUUAUAUAUUUAUAUGACGAAUACUUUAUAUCCUACGCAAAGGAAUACUGACUAGUGUUGAACUGCGCAGAAUACUGGAGCCGCAAAGACAGCUGAAGUAAAUGGUGUACUGCGACAUAUGGUUGCUGGUGAACUGGAUUGUCGAACUUUAACGCUUGACAAAAAAGUUAUUGCAUAAUGUAAUGUAAGGCUGUAUGGCGCCAUCUACCUCAGCUGUUACACUUGAAGCUGGACUAUAUCACGGGUGUUAGUAUUCCGUUGUGUAUUUAUUGAAUACUUUCUAUUGUCUCUUGUUGUGGAUGGACGUUACGUGCGUGUUGUUGUAGAUCGAGUGGACUCGAGUCGAGUGCUACGAGAGAUAUUUUGCACGGGUCAUGCACAUGUUUAAAGCUAAAAACAUAUAUCUGUACCCAAAAAUAAUAAGGACACUAAAAUCUUAUUUCCGGAUUUUAUUAAAAAUUUAGUGCAGAACUUUAAUGUGUCCCCGGAGUCCCGGGCUUAGAAAAAAAUAGAUGCUUGAUAAGAUAGAACCAGAAUGUGUGUAUGGCCCGUUAGGCUGCUUCCAUACUGACACCGCGAUCGGCCGGUGGAGGUGUAAGGGUCGGUCGCACAAAACCGGCUGUCACCAUCAGAGGCUAGAGCGCUCGCUAAAUGUUAUUGUAUGGGAAGUUUCAUAAUUCACUCCUGGCUGACGUUGAUCAGUCCGCUAAUUUUAGUUGGUGUGACUGGCUCUAGCGUACUGUCACCUGCAAUAAUAUGUUACACAACGGAAGCCGAAAAAAUAUCUGGCUCGACUUUAUUUGUAGAGCCAUUCUUAUGGCGCUCUUGCGUGUCACGUAUUUUUGCAGCCUUCGAAGAGCAACAUAUUAUUGCAGGUGUGUUUGCGCGCGUUUUGUGCAGAUGGGACAGUGUUACAAACAGCUUACUGUGGCAUACCUUCCCCUCUGGACUCGGCGCGGCGCGCGGCGGCGGCGGUAGAUCGCGGUGUCAGUGUGUGAAUCUCUUUAGUGUUGGUUAAGUUUUGAGUGAGUUUUGCUCGAGCGACGAUUUGCAUUAUCACUAUUAUAUUGCUUAUCGGCGACAAAACGUUUCGUUCCUUAAAUGGUUAAAAAGGAAUGAAAACUCUACGUUGAUUAUAAACAGUAUCGUUUAACAGUAGUGCAUUUCGCUCGGCUGUUUAAGUUGUUAUGAUCUGGAAUGUAUAUUAAUAAUUUUAUGAUUAUAGCACUUGUUAGCUGUAUAUCUUGAUUCCUACUAGGUACCAAUAUUUUUCACAAUUCAUUUUAAGUUACACUUAGUUUUAUUUUUUAUCAGAAAUCAAAUGAUACUUUCGAGAGUGGCUAUUUAUUUCUUAGUUAUAUUUUCUUGUUCGGAGUUAAGUUAACGGUUACUUUACGCUAGAAGAGUGUCGUGGAGGUGAGAGUUAUUUUUGUAAGAUUGAACGUGAUAUGUGGACGCUCUCUGUGUUAGAAUCGUUUGUAUAACGUCGCAGCGGCCGUGUGUGUGUGUGGGAGACUAGAGAUGUUCGUCCUUUUUGUACAGACAAACGUUUUACACAAUGUCGUAUGGGGUCUCUGCUGCCUUUCCGAAGACCAUAAGUACCGGCCCGCGAGCCGUAGUUUGGAUACACAUGCCAUAGUGACCGAUUAAGAGGUAGAGGAUUUUAUCAUGGGAUAUAAAUAAUUUUUCGUUUAUUUAUUUGAAAUGUUAUUAAUUAGGUUCAAUAUUUAUUAUUCAGUGAUUAACAGGUCAUACGGAUGUUGAUGUUGAGUGUUCUUACGUUUGUGUUUUAUGUUUCCGAAUGAUAAUAACAUGAGACAAAUACGUACCCAGUCUGAUUCAGAUGAAACCUACGUUGGGAUUGGGAAUUCAUUUUUCUGACCAAGUAGGUAUACACAACAUUGUGUAAACAUUUGUAUAUAAAAUGAAAGGACAUAAUGUCGUGUUUGUAGUGAGCCUCACAACACAACCUAUGUUGGACGAGGAGAGAGCUGCAUCUUGAGAGCGCGAGGGCUCGCAUUUGAAUAAGUAAUCUCUUUAUCGGCGUAUAAACAUUAUUGAAUUAGAAAUAAAUACCAUUUAUUGGAAA